UCCAUUCCAAAUCCAAUUUCUUAUCCCAUCGUAUUCUGCUUCGUCGUGGAGUUUGAAUCAAUUGGGAGAUGUCGAUAAGGAGUAUAAUCCAGGACAUGAAGUUCUCGCGGUCGCAGCGGGUGGUGCAGGACUCGGCGGCUCGGCCGGGCGGCCAGGCGGUGGGGGAGUCGUUGAAGCAGAGCUGCUGGGCUCAGAUGCCUCAGGAGUUACUCAGAGAGGUUCUGGUCAGAAUCGAGGCUUCGGAGGCCGCCUGGCCGCCGCGCAAGAGCGUCGUCGCCUGCGCCGGUGUCUGCCGGAGUUGGAGACACCUCACCAAGGAGAUCGUCAAGGCUCCUGAACUCUCUGGAAAGUUGACCUUCCCCAUCUCCGUCAAGCAGCCUGGUCCAAGGGAUGAUCUCGUGCAGUGCUUUAUCAAACGGAACCGUUCCGACCAAACAUAUUAUCUUUUUCUUGGUUUGACCCCUGCUCUAAUUGACGAAGGCAAGUUCCUACUUGCUGCGCGCAAGUUUAAACGCCCCACCUGCACUGAUUAUGUUAUCUCACUGUAUGCUGAUGAUAUGUCAAAGGGGAGCAGCUACUAUGUUGGGAAACUGAGAUCAAACUUCUUGGGAACAAAGUUUACAAUCUUUGAUGGGCAGCCGAGUCAUUCGGGAGCCAAGAUUGCAAAAAGUCGCUCCACUAGGCUUGUCAAUUUGAAACAAGUUUCCCCUAGAGUCCCUGCUGGCAACUAUCCGGUGGCUCAAAUCCAAUAUGAACUAAAUAUGUUGGGUUCCAGGGGUCCGAGGAGAAUGCAGUGUACCAUGGAUUCAAUUCCAUCCUCUUCAAUUGAGCCUGGAGGAGUAGCCCCCACACAGGCAGAGUUUUCACAUAGCAAUGCAGAAUUAUUUCCAUCCCUCUCAUUUAAUCGAUCGAAAUCAAACCGCAUGGAGAGUUUCCUGUCAGGGCCUUUGGCCAGACAGAAAGAUGGGGUGCUGGUGUUAAGAAACAAGUCUCCUCGGUGGCAUGAGCAACUCCAGUGUUGGUGUUUGAACUUUCAUGGACGAGUAACAGUUGCUUCAGUGAAGAACUUUCAGUUGGUGGCUUCUCCGGAAAAUGGACCCCCUGGGCCAGAACACGAGAAGAUCAUCCUCCAAUUUGGAAAAGUGGGCAAGGAUCAAUUUACCAUGGAUUACCGGUAUCCAAUAUCAGCGUUCCAGGCAUUUUCAAUCUGCCUCAGCAGCUUUGACACCAAGAUUGCCUGUGAAUAAAGGUAUAGGUUUAAAAGAUGAAUCUUUCUGAGUCUGGUAAUUAGUUUUGAACCUAAGUUGACCAACUAUUAUAUACUUGAACACAACUCUUUCACCCCAGUGCCCAUAACACUUCCAGAAUCCAUACGGUUGUUUGUGCUUUGUAAUGUUGAUGGAGUCGGUUGGUCUUUAGGUGCCAAUAUCUGCUAAACGAGUAUGAUUGACUCUUAUCUUUUUCUCGUAUUCUAGUAGCAGUUAGGUUUAAAGGUCACUUAGUGGGUUGAGUUCAAUGAGGCCGUUCACUGAAGGCGUUCGUAGUGCUGGGAUUGGCAGGCAUACAGCGUGCUCAGACGCUCCAGACCUUCGUGGAUCAUGAUUUUGCCAAACCCCGGAGUUCUGGAAUAUAAAGGUGGAGAACUUUGGUUCUUUGUCACUCCUCCAUGUGCUGUAAAUUUUACGUUUUGAAUGUAUAUACUGGCUAUUUUAACAAAACCCUGUUUUCCUGAAAUUUGACCACAUUUAAUUUUAUAUGUACAUUUUGUUUCGUCCAA